AUGGCACGAACCAGGGGCGCGAAGUCUUCAUCCCCUUCCACCCGAAAGCGAACGCCGCGCGAAAUGCCAGUGCAAGCUUCAAGUUCUGAGCCGCCGCGGCCAGAAACCGUUCCGCCGCCGGCAAAGCUCUCGCCAAAGAAGAAACAGGCCAAACCACCAUUGCAAACCCCUCCGGCGAAGCGCUACCUUACCAGGUCAGGGGGCCGGCCCCUCCAAAAGCGAGCUAGGGUAGAAAGCUCGGAGCCUAUCGAUUUAACAGGGCAAUCCCCUGUUCCAUCCCCUGUUUCUUCCCCUGUUUUGUCCCCUGCUGCGUCUCCUGCCCCGUCUCCAAUUCCAUCUCCGGUGCCAUCUCCGGCACCGCCUGCGAAGCUUCCAGCAAUCCAGCCGCCGCCUGCUGUGCCUCAAAUUCCAUCCGAACCAACUCCGGAAGCGGUAAUUAGGCGGCCAAUUCUAGCUCAGCCUCCAAUUGAAGGCAAUUUGGAUUGCCGAGACCGGCCAUUCCAUUCGGAGCUAUGCUUUGACAUAGCUGCUUUCCAGCUGCGCCCGGAGCUUGAAGAAACGUUCCAAUUGCUGCGAAAAUACCGAAUGGAGCAAUUUCUGACCCCGCGAGACUUCUUCUACCCCAGAAUAGCAAUGGAUUUCUAUCAAUCCAUGACUUCUCGACAGGUUAGGGAUCCUACCUCAAUUCAUUUCGUUAUUGAUGGUAGGCAUGGUAUCUUGGGGGCUCGGCAAAUAGCUGAUGCUUUGAACAUUCCAUAUGAGCCCAGUCAUUUCGAUGACUUCAGAGCUUGGGCCAAUCCAUCUCAGCUGGAGAUGGUGGAGCAACAAGAACUUCCACAACCAGUUCAGGCUCUACCUGCCAGGAGAGUAUCCCCACGCCUCAUACCUGAGGGUAUGCCUGCAGCCUCUCCCUCCAUGACCAGUGCAUCUCCAGUUCCUCCAGCAGCCCCUGCUUCAGCACAGCCUUCUACAUCAGCCGGGCCUAAGAUGGUCGUCCCUAUUUCUGAGUAUAGGGAUCUAUGCCAGGCAUUGGAGACAUUGACAGCCUCUCAGAGCAGACUUGCUCAAGAGAUGGCAACUUUGAGAUCUCAACAGCAGCAGAUGAUGGCCACUCAGGCUCACCAUACUUUCAUUCUGAGGCAGCUUCAGCAGCAUCUUGGCCUCCCAUCAGCUGAGGAGGAGGCCACUCCUACCACCACAGAGCCUCAUGCCCCUCAUCAGUCAGCAGCUCCAGCUUCAGCAGAGCCAUCUUCAUAG